AUGGGUAAAACACACAGAAGAGAAAAGUCAAUAGAUAGAAGCGCCAUGAAGCCAAAAGAAGCAAAAAAUCCGCUUAUAAAGCCGGUCCAGUCGAUUCGAAUAGGCUCACCGUCCAUGGGGUCUAGCAGAGACCAGUCUAGGACGCACAUAAAGAUGGGAAACAUUCGGAUGGAUGGAGGCAGGCCGCAGGCUGAAGGAGACAUAACGCUGGACAACUACAAAACAGAAGGCGAGCUUCAGAUAGCCAUGAAAAAGAUCAACAAGGCAGCCAAGAAGAUAGAGGAGGCGCACGCCCAAAAGAAAGCUGUUGCUACUUGGGAGGCCUCCGACUCUGACUACACCUUGACGAUUGAUCCGGCCAUGCAGAAGAUAGAGUUCGAAGAAAUACCCGAAAGCUUUUCCGAGGAGUCAGAAGAGUCCAAGCAGAUGCGGAUUGAGUCGACCCAGGCCAGCGACUGGGAGGACUUCCCGACCGAGGAAAUGCCAGUUCUGAGGAGCAAUGUAGCACUUCACACAUCCCUUGGAAACAUGCGCAUUUCCGACGCAAACAAAAAGGCCAAAGCCCCGCUCUCUGGAAGCUCUGCAGGAAAGGCAAUGCAUCCAAAAAUGCACGAGCUGCUUACAACCCCAGCACAUCUGCGGCACACCGGACGAAGGUUUGGAGAGGCCAAGACGGCCCGCCAAAGCGCAGGCUCCGGAAAUGCCCCGCUGAAGAAAGCAGCAUUUGCGCAUGCGGACAACAUAAGGCCAGCGGUCAACACGCCAGACAUGGCAAAACACAUAAAAGGAAGUGCGCCCACAUACACGAGCGAAAAUGUUUUGGGGUACAGCAAAGUAGAUCCGAAGACAAAUGCUCGGGCGACGUACUUCAACAUAAUGCAGAACAAGCAGGCACUUGGCGAGCAAGGCAAGAGAGGCAAUGGCUCUGGCCUGCAGAGGGGCCCAGAAAAAACGGGCAGCCAGAUGAACGGAAGUGCUGCAGGCUCGAAAGUUCUGGGGGGAAGAAGUGCAGGAUCUAGCGCAAGAAGUGCAGGAUCUAGUGCAGGGUUUAGCGCAGGAAGUGCAAGAAAUGCAGGAUCUAGUGCAGGGCCUAGGACAGGAUCUAGCGCAAGAAGUGCAGGGUUUAGCGCAGGAAGUGCAAGAAAUGCAGGAUCUAGUGCAGGGCCUAGGACAGGAUCUAGCGCAAGAAGUGCAGGGUUUAGCGCAGGAAGUGCAGGAAGUGCAGGAUCUAGGGUAGGAUCUAGUGCAGGAAGUGCAGGGUUCCAGACAAGCCCUGCAGAUCACUCUGCAGUGGCAAAUGCUAACAGAAUUCGAGCUACAGCGCUUGCGCAGGAGGCGAGAGUAGUAAUGACAGAGAAUGGCCUGGCACAGGUGCAGCGAAUGCAGCGCAGGGAGGUUGUGGAAAGAGUCUACAAGACAAAAAACCCAUCAAAGCACGAUCCCUCGCUGAAGCGCGUGAACCACAAGGUACACAACAGAGUUGCAAUGAACGAGUAUGCAAAGGCGACCAAGUACCCCUCAACGUACAAGCCGCCAAAGAUGAGUGACCUUGAAUAA